AUGGUUGAUGCUCGUCUGCCAAAGCCAGCACGGGCCCCUCUGGUUCUGCACAAGCCUUUCAUGGUCGUUUGGAAUGCGCCAACUGAGCAGUGCAGGCUGCGGUACAAGGUGGACCUGGAUCUCAGUGUUUUUGACAUUGCAUCCAACAUCAAUGAAACUUUGAGUGGAUCCAAUGUGACAAUCUUCUAUCACACUCAUUUGGGAUACUAUCCAUACUACUCAGAUAAUGGAGAUCCUGUUAAUGGAGGGGUGCCCCAGAAUGAAAGUCUUCUCAAACAUCUUAGUAAAGCAAAGUCUGACAUUGACUAUUGCAUACCCAUGAAGAAAUUUCGGGGACUUGCAGUUAUUGACUGGGAAAACUGGAGGCCCCAGUGGGAUAGGAACUGGGGCAAUAAAAGCAUUUAUAGAAAUAAAUCUCUUGAGAUUGUUAGGAGAAGGCAUCCUCGGUGGUCAGAGGACAAAAUUAGGAAAGUGGCUAAAGAGGAAUUUGAAAAUGCUGGCAGGAGUUUUAUGAACAACACCAUCCUUCUGGCUGAGUAUAUGAGACCAAAUGGUUUGUGGGGUUACUAUCUGUACCCAGACUGCUACAAUUAUGAUUACAAAGAACACCCCCACACAUACACAGGGAAAUGCCCACCCAUUGAGUCUUUCCGCAAUGACCUCCUGAUUUGGCUGUGGAAGGAAAGCACUGCUCUCUACCCUUCUAUAUACCUGGAUUAUAUACUGAAGUCAAGUCCAAAUGCACUAAAAUUUGUUCACUAUCGGAUUAAAGAGGCAAUACGCAUUGCCUCAAUUGCUAGAAAAGACUAUGUUUUGCCUGUGUUUGUUUACUCCAGACCAUUUUAUGCCUACACUUUUCAUGUUUUAACAGAGACGGAUCUGGUCAACACCAUUGGGGAAAGUGCAGCUUUGGGAGCAGCUGGAGUUGUUCUCUGGGGCAGUAUGCAAUAUGCCAGCUCCAAGGAGAGCUGUUUAACUGUGAAACGGUACAUCGAUGGACCCUUAGGACAUUACGUCAUUAAUGUGACUGCAGCAGCCAAACUCUGUAGCAAAGUCCUGUGCAAGAAGAAUGGAAGAUGUAUCCGCAAAAACAGUGACUCUUCUGCAUACCUUCAUUUGUCACCCAGUGAUUUUAAGAUCCGAGACCAUCACUCAGAGGGGGGCCCCAGGUUCCAGAUGACUGGUGAACCAAGCCUGGAGAGUAUUGAAGCCAUGAGGCAGAGAUUCGUUUGUCAGUGUUACCAGGGCUGGACAGGAAUAUUUUGUGAAUUGCCUGACCAAAGGCUAUUGGAGCACUGGGUUCAUGUUGUGUUCAGUAGAUCAAGAAAACAAAAGCUCUUUGUCGUCCUCUUAGGAGCCAUGCAACUUCUACUACUUUGUUCUGCACACUAA